AUGGCCGCCUCACUGCUUCUCCGAGGUGAAUCGGAGGACUUUUACUCUUGCCGCUCCCGAACAUUGUUCUACGCAGCCUAUACGUUCUCCAUCGCUGGCGGGGGCCGCGGAAAUCCCUUUGGCCCCCCUUAUACCUGCACUAUAUCGCCUUUCUGGUUUCUUCGCCCGGGACAGGUCUUCGCAUUGGGAUGGUGGUUCCGCACAUCGAAGUGCGUCGAGUUGGCAGAGAUAUUUUCGGCGAUGGCGGCGCUGGCAUAUUUCGUUGCGUAUUGGGUUGGGCACGAGUACGUGUUCACACGAACACUCGGAGGCCCUGGUGUUGAGCUUAUGCCGCGGGUCACUACUGGACCGACACCACGAGAUGAAUCUAUCGGGCAGGAUGAGGGGAGAAUUAUGUUGUCUUGA